AUGGGUCGACCUCGGCCGGCUCAGAUCAAAGCGGCGUUAGCCAGAAGCUCGCUGAAGAGAUCGCUCCAUCUGGCCCCGCCAUUUUUGCUGGAUGACUAUAUCCCCAGAUAUCAACUGCUCACCUCAGUGGAGGCUUCCAAAAAGCGGUCCCGAGCCUACGCGCACCUGCGCAACUGCAACUUGUGCCCCAGACUCUGUGGUGUGAACCGGUACGAAACCACGGGGAUGUGUCUCAUAGGGGCAAAUGUGAAGGUCAAUGUGAUCGCGCCACACUUUGGAGAAGAACCCUGCAUCCAAGGUCACAAUGGCUCUGGCUCGGUCUUCUUCUCUGGCUGUAAUCUGCGAUGUUCCUUCUGUCAGAACCACGACAUUGCUCAUCAGCGCAAUGGCAUGGACUUGACCCCGGAGGAGCUGGCCGAGUGGUACAUGAAGCUACAGGAAGUCGGGAAUGUGCACAACAUCAAUCUGAUUACCCCUGAGCACGUCGUGCCCCAGGUAGCCCUCUCCAUCCUGCAUGCCCGGGAACUCGGUCUUCGGAUCCCCAUCAUCUACAACACUUCAGCCUUCGAUUCGCUCGCAUCGCUUGAGCUUAUGGACGGGCUUGUCGACAUCUACCUACCAGACUUCAAGGUCUGGUCUCCCGCUACAAGCCGGCGUCUGCUCAAGGCCGAGGAUUACGCCGCUGCUGCUCGAGAGAGUGUGAGGGCCAUGCACGCACAGGUGGGCGAUCUAUGCUUUACGGGUGAUGGACUCGCGAAGAAAGGCGUAUUAGUCCGUCAUCUGGUCAUGCCAGGCAAGGAGGCAGAGGGCGAGCUAAUCAUGAAGUUCCUCGCCGAGGAUUUGGGACGGGAUGUAUUCGUCAACAUCAUGGAGCAGUACCGGCCGGCGGCAAAUGUAGGGAAGCCAAAGCGAAGAGCCAAGGUUGUGGAGACCGGUGGCGUGGAGGCCGCUCAGAAAGACGGAGAGGUUAGGUAUGCAGAGAUCAACAGAGCAGUCACGGACGAGGAGGUCUCAACGGUACGAAGGGCGGCAGAGCGGGCUGGGCUUUGGCGGUUCAAUGAUCCUCCCAAACACGAUGGGUUCGCCAUCUGA